AUGGCCGGCGCCGAGCGCAAGAAGCACGUCCGGUUCGCCGCCCCGGGGGAGGCGGCGGCGGCAGCAGCGACGGCGGCGGGACCGCGCCUCCCCGCCGCGCCGCACGCGGAGGUGGCCGUGGUCGGCGGCGGCGGCUGGCGCUGCGGCCGGGGCGGGGAGGGAGCCGCACUGCGGUGGUGCAUCUCCGGGGCGCUGUGCGCGGCCUUCCUGGGGCUGGGGAUGAGCAUCGCGGUGCUGGGGCCCACCUUCCAAAACCUGGCCGCCAACGUCCACAAGAACGUCAGCGACAUCUACUACAUCUUCGUGGGCCGGUCCCUGGGCUACCUGGGCGGCUCGCUGCUCGGGGGGGUGCUCUUCGACUGCAUGGACGCCCGCCUCCUGCUCGCAUUAUCCAUGUUUGGAACAACGGUUGGUCUUUAUGGGAUACCCUGGUGUAAGAAAUCCCUGCUGUUAACUGUCUUGAUGUCAGUUAUUGGAGCUUCCAUGGGAAUUCUAGACACAGGUGGCAACGUACUGGCACUGAAUACCUGGGGAGCAGAGGCUGGGCCACAUAUGCAGGCCUUACACUUCAGUUUUGCUGUCGGUGCAUUUGUGGCUCCGAUCCUGGCUAAAAUGGCCUUGGGAGGCUCUGAAUCUAAAGACUUUCCCAUAACUGGAAAGACAAACCAGUCUGUUCCGAGGUCUGUGCCAACAGCAUCAGCUGCAUCAGCUGCGUCAACACUGCAACACCAUCUUGGUGCAGAUUUUUUGUGGUCCUAUGUUGUCAUAGGGACCUAUCUUCUGUUUGUUUCUUUCUUCUUUUUUAUUUUGUAUUCAAAGGGCAGCUCAGCUCGAGACAAAUCAAAGGCUUCUCUGCAGAAAUGCACAUUUGCCAAAUACCACUAUGCCCUUAUUACUCUCCUGUUCAUAUUCUUCUUCUGCUAUGUGGGAGCGGAGGUCACUUACGGCUCUUACAUAUUUACCUACGCAAAGGUCUUUGCCGAGAUGAAAGAAAAUGAAGCAGCCGCUUUGAAUUCUGUCUUCUGGGGUGCAUUUGCUGCUUGCAGAGGAGUGGCAAUAUUCUGUGCUGCUUGCUUGUACCCUGGCACCAUGAUCCUGCUGAGUAUCAUAGGCUCUGCUGUCUCCUCCUCGUGCUUGGCCUUCUUUGCGACGUACCCAGCCUCGCUGUGGGUUGGAACCGCUGUGUAUGGAGCGUCAAUGGCUACCAUCUUUCCCAGUGGCAUUUCCUGGAUAGAACAGUACACGGUAGUGCAAGGAAAAUCGGCUUCUCUGUUUGUGAUCGGCGCCGCGCUGGGCGAGAUGAGCAUUCCUGCCGUGGUGGGGCAUCUGCAAGGAAGGUUUCACCACGUUCCUGUGGUUAUGUACGCUGCUUUGGUGACUUCUGCAAUGACAGUUGUACUCUUCCCUCUGAUGUACACGUUGGCCAACUCUCCCAAUGAGAGCGACUUGAAAGAAAUGGGUGAGAGCGAGGACCGGAAAGCGUUGCUGUCAAACUCUGGGCUUAAUGAGGAUGAAGAGGAUGAGGAGGAUGCGGGAGAGUGGAACGAAGCAGACUUUGAGGUAAUAGAAAUGAAUGACACGCUGAGAAACUCUGUGAUAGAGACUUCCCGUAAGAUACCCGGGGACUCUCCAGCCAAAGUCUCUCUCCAGCCCCACCUGGACGAUGUAUUGCGCGGUUCUGCAGUGGUUGGUGGUGGUUCCCCUGGGCGAAAAAAUGUGAAUGUUGACCGGGAGAAGAAUGAUUAAAGUAAAAGCUGGCUUUUUUUU